AUGAGAAUCGACCGUUUCCGCACUGUUUGGGGCGUUGAAGCUGGCCCGGGCUUGGAGAAUUGGGCCAAAUGGUUUCCGGAGCUGAAGGCCGUGGGAUACAAUGGCGUUGAAGUCAACAUUCACGGAUUAGACCCGGCCAAGGACUUCGCUCGACUUCGCCAGAUUUGUGACGAGCUGGACUUUGACAUCAGUAUCUUGGCACACUCUCACUGGGCUGAUUAUCUGGGUCCUCGUCCAGUGGGCUUGGAGGCGAAUGACCAUUUGCAAAACUACCGAGCUCUGCUCCAACUUGGCUUGGCCCUCAAGCCAGUCUCUUUCAAUUUUCAGUCUGGACAGGACUCAUGGGAUGUCGAAGAAUCCAUCAAAUUUUAUCGCGGUACCCUCGACGUGGACAAAGAGGUUGGCCUUGCAGGUCGCGUUUACCACGAGACUCACCGAAACCGCUCAUUAUUUACCCCAUACAACGCCCAACGCAUUUUAGAAGCUGUACCCGAGUUGCGAAUCACUGCCGACUUUUCCCACUGGAUGGUCGGAUGCGAGCGAAUUCUUGAUAUCGGUGAGGAGGAUCGCGCAAUGAUGAAAGUCAUCAUCCCACAUGUCUACCACAUCCACGCCAGAAUGGGCACAACACAAGCAUCCCAAUGUCCCGAGCCUCUAAAUCCCGUCUUUGACGAAGAGCGACUCUGCUUUGAGAGAUUAUGGACCCAAGUUCUCCAAAGUAGAUUUGAAGAGAAUCCAGAUACAAGAAUUAUCUUCGUUCCCGAAUAUGGCCCUUUUCCGUACCAUCCCAUUGGCAGUGCAAAGUCCCAUGGCCAAGUUGCUGAUGAGGAAUGUAAGCGUCUUACUGGGCUUUUCACCCAGUUCGUAGCAACCUUGAGCGCUUGA